CGGCCACAGGGAGGGGUGGGAGGGGUGGGAGGGGGCCGCUGAUGGCGCCAUCCCCCCGGGUUGCGGUGACGCUGAGACGCAGCCCCCGACAAGUGGUGCACCCAGGGACCUGCAGCGGGAGUCAGGAACCCCAGGGCCGCCCUCCCCCCACAACAAGGCAGCCCCCACAGCACUUCAUGUAAGGGUUAGAAAAAGAUGCAGAAAUGAUCAUUUACAAAAUAAAGAUCCCCAAAAUGCCCCUCCGGGAUAGUUUCUGGUUGAAAUCUGAGAAAGGUCUGUCAAAGCUCCCCCCGCCUCCAAGGUCCCUCUUAAUGCUUUGUGGGUGAGGACGGGGGCAGAACGCACCCCAGAGCCUCCCUGUGUCGUGGGGGCAUCAGGAGCUUCUGCGAUGAGUGGGAAGGGUUGAAGACCGAUUUCUGUUAACAGUAGAAAGUCUGCGUGCUUAUGAAGAGGUAAAGCAACUUAUUUAUCACUUUAUUUCGCGCUUCAUUCAAAUAUUUGACUGAAUCCUGAGUUCUGGAGCAGGUCAAACUGGGCCAGCAGUGAGCAGACAAGUACGGAAUAUUUUCCAGCAGAUCGUAACGUGUGAACCACGGGAACGGCUGUGACCUGCUGGUAGGAAGAGCACACCAGACUCCAGUCAGAACAUGAGAAUCCGGCUCUGUCCAAGUCCCAGAUGCGUGGCCAGCAGCCAGAAGGACUGAGCGCGUGUGCGCAGGGUGACGCUGCCGGUCAGUUGAGAGCAAACACGUGGCUGAAGAAUCUGAUGCUGAUCGGGUGAAAAGACUGCUAACGUGAGCCCAUGUUUAAAGACACAACCACAAACACAGGGUUGCCCCAGUGACCCCUGCCAGGGCCCGCAGAUUGCACCUGCCAUGUUAAAGCAUCUCCACAACAGUGUUGGGAAGUGGCUGCUCCACAUUUUCCUGCUGUUUCUGGGGCUUGUCUGUGUUCCCUCUCUCUCCGUUACUGUUUUCCAUUAGUGGGUUUCCAUACCCACCUGUUUGUAGGUUGUUUUCAGGUUUCAGUGUUACGCAUUCCUAUGAAAACCCGGGUUGCUGUUCUGUCCCUCGGGAUGGAACAUUCCUCUGUGUUGCAGUCUCUGGGAUUUGUGCUUCAGCACAAAACGUGGAACGUGAGCAGCUCAGUUCCAGGAGUGUUCCAACGCUGCACAAUGAGCGCUGCCUCCAAACACAAAGCAAUUCCUACCAUUCCAGAGACCGAGCACUUCAGAAGUUAUGUAGGUACCUUGCAUACAGUUGGGCACCAAACCAAAAGUGAAUCUUGUGUGGAUCUCACCAGCUGGGAUGUGGAGAUCCAAGAGCCUGGGCUGAGGGUGCGCAAGGAAUAAGCUUGUAGGGAAUGGGGGGAGGUGGGUGGCAGUAAUUAAGUGUCAAGAAAGAGGGUGUUUGGAGAUAUCAGUAAUAUCGGUGGGGACUGAAGGCAAAGAAUGUGAGGAGAUGAAAAUGAGGAAGCGAGAGCUCCUCCAUUUCCAAAAGCCACAUGUCAGAGUGUCUCCAUCCCCACGGGAGGUGACCCGGGCACCUGGGCCCCACCUCGGAACCCCCGUUGCCUGGGCACCCAGGCAGGCCGUGCUGUGCUCUGGGACCAUGGAGCGGCGGUGGCUGCCCCUCCUGCUGCUCCUGGUGCCCUGGCUUCCGGGGCUGCUCCCCUGCCUGCUCUGCUUUGGGCCCCCCAUUCAGUGGGCCCGGCUCUGCCGUGAGAUGGCCAGGAGCUCUCAGGACUCCCAGCACCAGCACUGCCUGGAGGCCCUUGCAGAGGCUGCUGUGCCACUUGCCCCCGUCACUGUGGGUGGGUGGUGGGACCCCAGGGAUGCCCACCCCAAUGGGACCCUCUGCCCCCGUCCUGACUGGCACCCGAGGGGCCACCAUCUCAAUGGGACACUCAGACGAGCAUUCUGGGGGCCCUCAAGCAUGCCACGGUCUCCCCAGUCUUGAGGUGGACUCCCCCAGGCACCCCUCAGACCCAUCUGGCACUCUCCCAACUCUGAUAUGGAUCCCGGGGAUCUCUGGGAACGCCAGACUUGCAUGGAACACUGGAUGGAUCCCGGCCCUGGGCAGGGGUACAGUGUGGACUUCCAGCAACUCCCAGAGCUUCCCAAGAUCUUGGGGGGUCUUCAGGGAUGCCUGGCCAUUCCCAGAACCCCUUUGCCCUGACCUGGACUCUGGGAAUCAGCCCUGAGCCCUCCUCCAGUUCUUACUGGAACCCUCUAGCCCUGAGCCCUGUCCUGACCGUGUGAUGGUCCCAGUGCCCUUGUUGUGGUCCCAGGAGCAGCGCAGAGCGAAGCACUGCGGAAGAUCGUCAUGGAUGCCUUGCAUUUACUGGAGAAGCAGAAGGACAAGAGUGAGCAGGGAUGAGAUGUAUGGGAGGUUUGGGGCACAGGGGACGGGGCUCAGAGGACUUGGAUGGGGAUCCAUGGAAUAUAGGAUGUAUGGAUUUCAGGCGUGGUGUAAAGGCAUAUGUGGGGAAUCCUGAGGGUAGACGGGUUUCAGGGUAUGGAGAGUCUGGUGCUUUGGGGGAUAUUUAGGGGCAUAUGAAAGUCUGGGAUCCAGGAGAGUUGCAUGGGGAAUGUGUGGGAUGAGUGGGGACACGAGUCUUGACACUGGAAGAUUUGGGGGUGGGAGCACUGUCUGACACGGACAUCUGUGAGCCUCCAGAGCCUUUUGAGGUGUCUCUGCGGGAAGCCAUCCAAAUGAUUUGGGUGAAGCUGAGCCAGCUGGAGCAAGGUAUGGGGCCAGCAGGGACCCCCAUCCAGGACUCCCCCCCCAUGCGAACCGUGGGACUCCACCCCCCAGCUUCCCCACAUGGGGCACACAGACACCCCUCUAGGUCUCCACCCUGGGCAUCCCUUCCCUGGAGGCACCCCCAGGGACUCCAUUCCAGGGCUGGACAGGGGCUGAGCCCUUACAGCUCGUCACAGGGAUGAGGACCCCUCGCGAUCCCCAGUUUAACGAUGCUUCCUUCCCCCAACCAGCUCCUGCCUGCAUCCCCCCCUGCGGGCACCAGCCGGCCGCGCGCAUCUUCCAGUGCUCAACCUGCCGCCUCGUGGACUGCCAGUUCCCUGUGGACUGCCCAGGACUUGUGGGUCCACGAGGACGAAGCCAUCACGCUGCACUGCGACGUGCCCUUCGCCGUCCCGCCGGAGCUGCAGGUUACGUGGAUGUUUGCCAAGGACAUACGCACGCAGGACCUGGCGCUGUUUGAGGAGCUGCAGAGGGGCGUUGGGGAACCGCCCAGCCUGACCGUGCAGGACCCCACUCUGGGAACCGUCGCCUGUCGCCUGGGGGCCGCCUCUGAGACCCUGGCCCGCAAGUACUUCUACCUCAACGAGCCCCCCUGCACCUCACCACAUCCCUGCAGCUGGGACUGGUCCUUGGCUUCGUCAGCCUCGUGCUGCUGCUGCUGCUGCUGCUGUCUGUCUGGCGAUGCUGCCGAAAAUCUCCGGAGCCUCCCAGACCCCAGUGACUUCCAGGCACCCCAUGGACCUGGACACCAGGGCCCCAAUGGGAGCGUGGAUUCAUGUGGACUUACACCAGGAUCUUUCCUCGAGGGCCGAAACAUCAGCAGCUGCUCAUCAUGCAUUGUCUGUGGGGUGUAGCGGAGUCCUGGGUC